CCGUCGGCUGCUCUCGGGCCUCACGUCCCGCGCGGCCGUGGUCACAGCCGCCGCCGCCGCCACCUCCCUUUCUGGCACUGCAGACACCACCCAGACCCAGCCAGGUCUUUCUUCUCUUUAACCUUCCUUUCUUUGCUCCUCCUCAGCCUGCCACCGCGGGACUAGCUCUGGUGGCGGGAGGAAAGCUGGAAGGAAACCGAGGGGGCGAGCAAAAUCCUCGCUAAGGCAGGAGUUGGUCACUGACUGGAGGAAGAUGCCAAGCUGACCCGGGCUCCAGCCAGCGAGCGGGCCGGGGGAGGGACGCAGCGCAACUUAGCCGGACUUCAACCAAUCACAAGCCGCCCAGCGGAGUCGGGCGCCUGGAGAGGCUGAGCUGAGUCGGCAGGAGGCGGGGAUUGCGGAAAAGAAGAACCAAUCAAAGCAAAGGUUCCCCGCCUCUCCGCCUUGAUGGACUGCCACGUUCGGACCAAUGGGGGAAUUCUCGUUUCGAAGGAAGCGGGAUUUAGACGCCGGGACUGAGAGAGAGGUUGCGCGGAGGGGGAUGGGUCGAGACUGGGCCGCGUGGAAGAACCUUGAGGGUUUUCACGGGCCAGAGGGAGUCCUUUGACCUCCUCGAUGGGUCACGUGGGCUGACGGGGGCGGGGGCGGAAAGGCUGGAUAAGUUCCUUCCGGGUCAGUGACAGAAGCGUGGACUCCGUGGGGUAGUUGCUGGCGUGUUGGUCUUCCCCGCGUCUUCCUUGUACCAGCGCGAGGUGAUUGUGGUUUCCACGAUGAGCUCCCAGAAAGGGAACGUGGCUCGUUCCAGGCCUCAGAGGCACCAGAAUACGUUUAGCUUCAAAAAUGACAAGUUUGAUAAGAGUGUUCAGACCAAGAAAAUUAAUGCAAAGCUUCAUGAUGGAGUUUGUCAGCACUGUAAAGAAGUUCUUGAAUGGCGUGUAAAAUAUAGCAAAUAUAAACUGUUGUCAAAGCCUAAAAAAUGUGUUAAGUGUUUACAAAAGUCAGUGAAGGAUUCUUAUCACAUAAUGUGUAGACCAUGUGCCUGUGAACUUGAAGUUUGUGCAAAAUGUGGAAAGAAAGAAGACAUUGUUAUUCCGUUUAAUAAAGAAUCAGAAAAGACAGGAAAUCCUGAAAGUAAUCUACGUUCCACCCAUAGAAGUUGCAGAAGAAAUGAAGAAGAAAGUGAUGAUGACUUAGAUUUUGAUAUUGACUUAGAUGACACAAAAGACAAUCAAGUGAAUUAAUAUAUUAAAAGUCAGUUUGAAAAUACGAAAUUCUGAAUGACUUUUGACUUUUGACAGUUUUACACAAAAAUAUUAUGAAAUCCUAAUAAGAAAAAUAGCAAAAACCUCUAGAAAACAGGCAAAAUUCACACAAGGACAAUAUAAAUUAUGCAUGAUACUUGGAUAAUUAUAAAACUUUCAUCCAGAGUUUUCUUAUAAUGAAUUUUUAAGUAGCAUAUGCUAGAAUACCUGCCAAAAUGAGUAUUAGGGUAUCAUAUUGCAGUUCAUGGGAAUUAUUUAGAAAAGUAUACUACCUAAUAUCAAACUAAACAAGAUUCAGAAUUGUUGGUUGUGUAAGAACUAUCUCAUGGAAAAAUCAGGGCUAGCCUCAAAAAUUGGUCCUCAUUAAGUACCUUUUUGUAGAUUGAUCUCAAGUAAAUGGCCCACAGAAUAAAGCCCCCUUACUUAUAAGCUUGCUUGUUAUAAAAAGCUUGUUAUUUUAUUUUUAUUUUUAAAUUUUUUUUUUAAGAUUUUACUUAUUUAUUUGACAGAGGGAC